UGGGAUCAUCAUGCGUGACCCAUUCGGUGAACAUCAUGAGGUCUACCUAGCCUUAUAUGCCUACGUUGCAGACCAACCGGAGGCAUGUAAGGUGGCAGGCACUUUUGCAAGCCACCAAGCGCAAUAUCCGUGUCACAGGUGUCUAGUGCGAAGAGAGGACAUAAGCAACAUGGAGAUUUCAUCCGAGUACCGAACGGAGGCGGGUCAGGCGGAGAAGGUCGAAGAGUUACUUGCAAUACCGACACUUACUGCCCGGAAUGAUGCCGCAAAGGCCAUGAGCAUACACCCAGUCAAGGCAGCAAUAUGGGGGUUGGCCUUGGACGAUGUCGGCAACCCGUACGGGGCACUACUUAUCGAGAUCAUGCAUGCUCUUGAUCUUGGCAUCUUCAUGCAUAUCAUCUCCUGCAUCCGAGCCAUGCUAAAAAAGAGGAAGGAAACACACGUGCUGAGAGAGCUAGAUUUGGCCCUGCAAACAAUAGCAUGUGAUACUCGAAUCAGUGGUUUCCGGCUACCGGGUGGAGAGAAGGAUGGUUACUUUGCAGGUGCUGCAAAGUUUCAGGCGUUUGAACACCGUGCCAUCAUGCAAGUGUGCACGAUUGUCCUUGCCGGGCGUGUAGAUAAAAAAAUUGUGGAUGCUGUAGCUGCAUUUGUCGACCUCUACAUGCUGGCCUCCAGGAGGUGGUACCAUACGGAUAACACCCUCCAAGAACUUGACCAGGCAAUCAAAAGGUUGAUUCCAAUGUUGAAGGAUGUGUUUGGCGAAUUUCAAGCAUCUGAAUUCAACAUCGGCAAGGUGCACGGCCUUGUGCAUUUGGUCGAUGACAUUCGACGCUCCGGUGUCCCCGUUCACUACAACGCCAACAUGUUCGAGUUUCUUCACCAACCUCUCGUAAAGAGGGCUUACCGUGCAAGCAACAAACGUGACGCUAUGCCUCAAAUCGUGAAGCAUAGUGUCAUGGCACGAAUGCUGCAAGCUCUUGAUGACUCGGACCACAACAAGGAGGAUUCACACCAUCGAAUGGUCGCCCUACAAAAGAUAGAUGAUGCACGGCCAUGGAAACUGGGAGAAACACACUCGUGGCCACGUCGCACAAGGUGA